AUGAAGGCUUCGCAUCCUACCUCGCCAGAUGAAAAGGAAGUGAACGUGCACUUAGUCCUGCUAAUCCAGGAGCUAGUCAACCUAAAGAGGUCGUCCAGUAUCCAGUGCACAGUUACGCGUGUCCGGUUUGUUCCCAAAUUUGGGACACAAUCAUACACGGCCGUUGUUGAUGGCGUGGUACAGUCCAGGAGGACAGACAAAGUUCUGUCCAUCCUGGAGGUAAAGCCGACGCCUAGGUUUGGGAAGCAGGCUCCUGUCCAGAUGCAGGAGACGGCCGAGGCCGUUGGAUGGCUCAAGCACCAAUCUGAGGGAGUUCCGAAGCUCCAGGAAGGAAGUCGCCUCAUAAUUUACCAGGGCAAAAAGGAGGUGUUCCUCACCCUCGCGGCUCCAGGUGCUCGUUACGUUGAGUACCUGGCCAGGACAGUCCCGACCACCACCGCCGAACCUGAGGAAUUCAUGAAGAUGCAGUCCUUUGGACCUUGGAGCAUCAAGAAGGAGACUCACCUCCAAAGCCUAUGCUGGGCACUGCUGGCAUUUCUGUCAGCCGCUGAGGAGGUGGCGCACUAA